UUUAAAAUUACUAAUCUAAUUCACCUUGAAAAACCUGCUUGCCGAUCAAUCAAUCGCUUUUUCGCGCACAUAGUUGAGAUCCACACACACAUUCUAUUUAUACAGAAGAAUAAAGCAAUUUUUACAAACAUGAAUCAUUUAAUUCUCACAUUUAUUCUUCAAUUUGUAUUUUUAUUAUGUCAAUACAAGCAGUUUUGUUUUUCCGAGACUGAAAAUUUAUGCAACGCCACAUGGAGUCCAAAUUUACUACGAGAAUUGCAACUAGAAAAAUGUGUAGAAGGAGGAAAAGGGGAGGGCAAUAGCUGUAAAAAUGAUUCUUUUUAUUGCGAAAAUAUUAGUGGAUAUUGUUGCCCCAAAAAAGAAUUUGUUUGUCAAAGCCCAGCGGAUUCUGGACACGAAAAUUUUCAAAAACAAUUUUUACAUUUUGGACGAUUUGCUUUUGAUUUACAAUUAAAUGAUUGUAUUAAAUUUAGUUAUUUUGGAGAGGGUGGGAAUUUUAAUAAUUUUUUGAAAUAUUUGGAUUGUAAAAAAUUUUGUAAAGGGUGA